AUGGAAUUUGAUAUCAAGAACCUAGGUCAACUAUCAUACUUCCUUGGGAUAGAAAUAGAAACAACUCAUAAAGGUUUGUUUCUGUCUCAAAGAAAGUACGUACUUGACAUAUUGAAAGAAACUGGAAAAAUGAAAGCCAAACCUAUAAAUACCCCAAUGGAAACCAAUGUCAAACUUAAUUUGGAAGUCGGUGAUCCAUUAGAUAACAUAGGACAUUAUCAGCAUCUAGUAGGAAAAUUAAUAUAUCUAAUUGUCACUAGACCUGAUAUCGCUUACGCAGUAAGUAUGGUAAAUCAGUUUAUGCAUGCUCCCCGUACUAGCCACUUGGAUGCUAUUGAUAUAAUUCUUAGACAUCUCAAGGGCACUCCAAGUCAAGGUAUUUGGAUGAAAGGUAAUAAUGCUUAUGCUAUAUUUAGUUUCUCUAAUGUAGAUUGGGCAGGAAACUGUGACAUAAAGUCAACUACAGGAUUCUGCACCUUUGUAGGAGGAGACUUAGUAACAUGGAAAAACAAGAAACAAAAUGUAACCGCAAGAUCAAGCGCAGAAGCUGAUUAUCGAGCCAUGGCAUCUACAGCUAGCGAACUCAUUUGGAUCAAACAAGUAUUUAUUGACAUGAAAGUAGACUACAAAGGACCUAUAAAAUGUAUUACGACAGCCAAACUGCCAGGCACAUCGCAUCAAACCCUGUUUUCCACGAAUGAACUAAACAUAUUGAAAUCGACUAUCACUUCAUUAGAGAAAAAGAACAAUAUGGAGAAAUUGAGACCCCGUUUGUCAGAAAUCACAAACAACUAG